UUGUACAGGUCUGUAAUUGAAGAUGUCAUCAAUGAUGUCAGAGAAGUUUUUCUGGAUGAAGGAGUGGAUGAACAAGUUCUUAUGGAACUCAAAACACUGUGGGAGAACAAGCUGAUGCAGUCCAAGGCUGUAGAUGGCUUCCAUUCAGAAGAGCAGCAGCUUUUGUUGCAGGUGCAACAGCAGCAACAGCAGCAGCAGCAACAGCAGCAUCAUCACCACCACCAUCACACACAACCUCAGCCACAGCAGACUGUCCAGCAGCAGUCUCAGCCACAACAGGUCCUUAUUCCAGCAUCUCAGCAAGCACCUCAGCAGCAGGUUAUCGUGCCAGAUUCCAAGCUGAUACCACACAUGAAUGCGUCAGGCAUGAGUGCUGCAGCCACUGCAGCUACGUUGGCUCUCCCUGCUGGCGUUACUCCUGUUCAGCAGAUACUUACAAAUUCAGGCCAGAUCCUCCAAGUAGUUAGAACUGCAAACGGAGCUCAGUAUAUCAUUCAACCACAGCAGCCAGUUGUUCUACAGCAGCAGGUCAUACCACAAAUGCAGCCUGGUGGAGUACAAGCACCUGUUAUACAGCAGGUUUUGGCUCCUAUCCCUGGAGGGAUUUCCCAGCAGACGGGAGUGAUUAUUCAGCCUCAGCAGAUCCUGUUUACAGGAAAUAAAACACAAGUCAUACCUACAACAGUGGCUGCCCCUACACCAGCUCAAGCACAGAUUCCUGCAGCUGGUCAGCAGCAACCACAACAACAACAGGCACAACCACAAGCACCACUUGUUCUCCAAGUUGAUGGAGCAGGGGACACAUCAUCGGAAGAAGAAGAAGAUGAGGAAGAAGACUAUGAUGAUGAUGAAGAGGAAGACAAAGAAAAAGAUGGGGGUGAAGAUGGUCAAGUUGAAGAG